ACUUGAUGGUCACUAGUAGACUAAGUAGUACUAGUUCUGUCCCGCGUCUCUAAAUUUGAACAUAUUUCAAAUAAUAACAAAAAAAAUCCCCUUUAUAGCCACAGAACCUCACAAUGACAGCUUCUAUCACCCUAUCAAGACAUUUUCUUCGUGUUAGGGGUGUUUUUAGACCGUCUAUUGCUCGAUGUCGUCUUCACACUUCAAGAUUACUUUCAGCUGGUUUUGCUAAGGAAUUGUUUCUUGGACGAUUUAACAAGGAGAAAGUGUUCCCAUAUCCUGAGGCAUUGGAUCAAGAGCAGCGUAACAUGCUCAACAUGUUGGUUGAACCUGUCACAAAGUAUUUUGAGGAAAAAGUUGAUUCUGUAAAAAUUGAUCAAGAAGCGAAGAUCCCAGAAGAUGUCAUGAGUGGCUUGAAGGAGUUGGGUUUAUUUGGUCUUCAGAUUCCAGAGGAGUAUGGUGGACUUGGCCUACUGAACACAAGUUAUGCACGUGUUGCUGAAGCAUUUGCAGUUGAUGCAAGUAUUGCUGUAACAUUAAUGGCUCAUCAGUCUAUUGGACUCAAGGGUAUCCUGAUAUGUGGUAAUGAAACACAGAAGAAGAAAUAUCUGCCCAAGCUUGCUUCAGGAGAGCAUAUUGCUGCCUUUUGUCUUACUGAACCAACAAGUGGUAGUGAUGCUGCAUCGAUACAGAGUAGAGCGACACUCAGCCCUGAUGGCAAACAUUUUAUUUUGAAUGGAUCGAAGAUAUGGAUUUCAAAUGGUGGCUGGGCAGAUGUGAUGACUGUAUUUGCAAGAGCAGAAGUGACGGAUAAGAAUGGAGAAAAACAAGACAAAAUAACAGCCUUCAUCGUAGAGAGAGAUUUUGGUGGAGUGACAAGUGGUAAACCAGAAGAUAAACUAGGAAUAAGAGGCUCCAACACAUGUGAAGUAUUCUUUGAAAACACUCCUAUUCCUCUAGAAAAUGUUCUUGGUGAAGUGGGCGGAGGAUUCAAGGUUGCUAUGAAUAUACUGAACAGUGGCCGAUUUGGAUUGGCUGCUGGAGCAGCAGGGGGUCUGAGGAAGCUUAUUGGAAUGGCUGCAGAACAUGCUACAUCAAGAACACAGUUCGGGAGAAAUCUCAGUGAAUUUGGACAAAUACAGGAAAAGUUUGCACGUAUGACUUUAAUGGAAUACACAAUAGAGUCUAUGUCAUACAUGACGAGUGGCAUGAUGGAUCUUGAUGAUGAAGAUGCUUCUGUUGAGGCUGCUAUGUGUAAGGUUUAUGGAUCAGAGGGUAUUUGGAAUGGUAUAAAUGAUGCGCUUCAAACUCUUGGAGGUCUUGGAUACAUGAAGAGUUAUCCCUAUGAGAGACUCCUAAGAGACUCACGGAUCCUAUUAAUCUUUGAGGGUACCAAUGAGAUUCUACGUAUGUACAUUGCAUUGACUGGUAUGAAGUAUGCUGGUGAUCAACUCAAGGAAGUUGUUAAAGCCGUCAAGAAUCCUUUUGAGAACCCAGGCAUUUUGUGGGGUAUGCUAAGCAAGAGGAUGCUGCAUGCUAUAGGCAUCAAAGGAUCUUUGGGUGUGUCUGAUGCAGUCCACCCACAAUUAGCUGAUAGUGUGAAGUUAUUGGAAGAAAAUGUUGUUGAUUUUGGAAUGGAAUCUGAGAAGUUACUGGCCAAAUAUGGCAAGAAAAUCAUUGACGAACAAUUUUUGUUGAAAAGAAUGGCAGAUGUUGCUAUCAAUUUAUUUGCUAUGACGUCAGUGCUGUCCAGAGCUACACGUUCAUUACACAAAGCAAUUCCUGCAGCUGAACACGAGGCGUUACUAACUACUACUUUCUGUCACGAGACUUAUGAUAUCAAUAAGAAGCUACUAAAAGAAGUUUCUCAAGGAUCCAAAAAGAAUGGAGACAAUGAUCUAAAACGAAUCGCUAAUGACAUAUUCAACCAAGGAGGAUGUGUUUCUGGACAUGUGCUAGAAUCAUGAAUACAAUCAUUCAAUAACGUUGUUGUUUAAAUGAUCGUAUUUUGAAGGAGGUCUACGCUCUUGCUCCACACGUGAUUAUAUAAACUAUUAUUAUUAUUGAGAUGUUUCUGAGACAGAUCGAGACGUGAAUAAUUGCCCUAAUAAUUGUUGAAAAAGGUUUCUAUCAUCACCAARCUCACCGUUUGUCUUGCUUCAAUGCAAAGGCAUGGCUACCUUCCAAGGUAAUGAAGGGAACUGUAAAAGGGACUGUUGAGCUACAAGGAAUAUUGAAGGAUUAUAAUAAUGUGUGCUGACUAUUGCAGAACAUAAAUGAUGUCAUUUGUCCUUUACUUUCAUUCAGAAUAAUAUAACCAAUUCAAGAAGUAUGGAAAAAGUCCCUAGUGAUAAUAUUUGAAGUAUUUAUGAACAGAAGAAAC